GCCACUGUACGACUACAUUCACAGAAAACACCUUCCGCGUUGAAAAAUAAGGCUGGGACCCUUUAGUUACGCCAUUUUCUAUAAGUCGUCGCCCUUUUGCAACAGCUAUACAACACGUUUAUACGACGAAAUGGCAGAAAAAGUCUUGGAAAAAAUACGGAUUCGACUGAGAGAUGGUUUGACCGUGCCUGUUAUCAAAUGUUUGUUGGAUGAUCUUCAGGAGAAGAAAGUGCUAAACUGUGGCGAGAUUGAAGAAAUUGCACAGACCAAAACGCGAAGUGAUCAAGCUCGAGAUCUGGUUGAUUUUGUGAAGAAAAAGGGGCCGAAAGCAAGUGAAAUUCUGCUCAAAUGUUUAGAGAUCCAGGACGAGCAUUUGUACAACAGCCUAAACAUAGACGGUCAUUCAGAAAUUCCCGAAACAGGAGUGACAUCUAGUAACAUACCUAUAACGUUAGGUAGUACAGAUAAACCAAGCAAUGCGGAUGAGGAGUACAAAAUGGACAGUAAUCCACGUGGACUUUGUGUAAUUAUUAAUAAUGAGAACUUUAAAGACCCAGAGGAUAAACGACAUGGAUCCCAAAAUGAUGUUGAUUCUCUGAAAGACUUGUUUAAAGAUUUGGGCUUUCUGGUUGAAAUCAAGAAAGAUCAGACCGCAUCUGACAUAAAACAGCUCAUGAUCAAAUACAAGGAUUGCCAUCAUGCAGACUGCUUUGUCUGUUGUGUGUUGAGUCAUGGAGAUGAGACUGGUGUCCUGGGAGUGGAUGAGGAAAUAUGUCCCGUGAAUGCUAUCACCUCCCCAUUUGAUGGAGUCAACUGCCCCUCUCUUCUUGGCAAACCUAAAGUCUUCUUUAUCCAAGCAUGUAGAGGGCAUAAGAUGCAGAUUAAAGUGCUGGCUGCAGAUGGUCCUGGUGCCAGUCGUAUGCAGAAAUCUGGCAAUGUAUCAUACAGCAUUCCCAAAGAUUCUGAUUUUCUGAUUGCCAUGUCCACGGUUGAGGGAUGUGUGUCGCUUCGUAAUGAAAACAGUGGGUCAUGGUUUAUACAGUCCCUUUGCAAGCAUUUAAAACAGGGAAGUACACGAGGCCAGGACAUCUUGAGGAUCCUCACUAAAGUCAAUAAUGAAGUAAGCCAGAGAGAGGGCAAGGUAACCAUUAACGAGGUUGAAAUAGAUGCAAAGAUGACCCCUCAGCCCCUUUUCACUCUGAGAAAGCUUCUUGUUUUCAGAGCUCCGAAGGCUGCUGCUUCUAAAUAGAAGAAAUCAGGAUAAACACCUUCUUUCACCAACAGAAGAAGAAAAUCAAUGACAUGGACAGAGAAUUUCUAUUCACCUCUUCUUUCGAAUAUGUGUUGUGUACCACAUUUGACCAUGUAAACAAAAAGAAGAGAAUGGUUUUAUUAAUAAGUGUCAAGAAUAUGAAUGAAUUGAUGUUUCUUCAAUAAAUACAUCAGAUUCUCUUA